UCCAGCGCGCCGCCUCCCCCCCCGCCCCCAGCUACGCCCCGCUCCUCCGCGUCUUCCUCGGGCGCCCACCCCCCAAGUUCCGACUCGCUCGCUCUUCCACGCAAAGCCUGGGGAGGGGGUUAGGAGCAGCCGCGCCCCCCUCCCAGCGGCCGCUUUUUGGGCUCUGCUCCCUGCCGCGUGCGCCUGAGCCGCGCGCCCCGGGCAGGCCUCAGCCAUGUCGAUGCUGCCGUCGUUCGGCUUCACGCAGGAGCAAGUGGCGUGCGUGUGCGAGGUUCUGCAGCAAGGGGGGAACCUGGAGCGCCUGGGCAGGUUCCUGUGGUCGCUGCCCGCCUGCGACCACCUGCACAAGAACGAGAGCGUGCUCAAGGCCAAGGCGGUGGUCGCCUUCCACCGCGGCAACUUCCGCGAGCUCUACAAGAUCCUGGAGAGCCACCAGUUCUCGCCGCACAACCACCCCAAGCUGCAGCAGCUCUGGCUGAAGGCGCACUACGUGGAGGCCGAGAAGCUCCGCGGCCGGCCCCUGGGCGCCGUGGGCAAGUAUCGGGUGCGCCGAAAAUUCCCGCUGCCGCGCACCAUCUGGGACGGCGAGGAGACCAGCUACUGCUUCAAGGAGAAGUCGCGGGGCGUGCUGCGGGAGUGGUACGCGCACAACCCCUACCCCUCGCCGCGCGAAAAGCGGGAGCUGGCCGAGGCCACCGGCCUCACCACCACGCAGGUCAGCAACUGGUUUAAGAACCGGAGGCAAAGAGACCGGGCUGCCGAGGCCAAGGAAAGGGAGAACACGGAAAACAAUAACUCCUCCUCCAACAAGCAGAAUCAACUCUCUCCUCUGGAAGGGGGCAAGCCGCUCAUGUCCAGCUCAGAAGAGGAAUUCUCACCUCCGCAAAGUCCAGACCAGAACUCGGUCCUUCUGCUACAGGGCAACAUGGGCCACGCCAGGAGCUCAAACUAUUCCCUCCCGGGCUUAGCCGCCUCGCAGCCCAGCCACGGCCUGCAGGCUCACCAGCACCAGCUGCAGGACUCUCUGCUCGGGCCCCUCACCUCCAGUCUGGUGGACUUGGGGUCCUAAGCGGGGGCGGCCCUGGGCCUUGAAGGGAUGGCUGGAACAGCAACCAACCAGAGCGACUAGGGACACUUGUAAAUAGGAAUCAGGAACACCCUUGCAGCUUGUUUCUGGGGUUCUUUGCGCAUAAAGGAAUGGUGGACUGCCACAGAUAUCUCUUGAAAAAAAUCGAAGCCGAUGGUGAUUUCAAACUUUAGUCUCCCUCUUCUCUCUGACCCUUCACUUUUGCGUUUUCCCCGUCCCAGUGCGGAGAUCAAGUGGGGGAAAAAACCCAAACAAAAGCACCCAGGCAUUGUUCUGAGCGACCAAUGCACCUUCUUCGAAUAGCCUUUCUUUUCUUUUCCCCCCAAUGAACAGGAAUUGCAAGUCAACUGGAUUUUAAUUAUUUUCUUUUAAUUUAUUUAAGGAAAACUAUUUUGGAAAGAGGAAAAGGAAAUGGAGAGGAGAUAGAGAGAGAGAGAGAAAGAGGUGUCAAAAAAUAAUUAUGAAAAUAGGAACCUCCUGCCUGGAGGAACUGGCUGUAUUCUUAACAUGAGUAGGAAAAAUAUAAUCAUACCACUUUUUUUUGAUGAUGGGAAAAUUAAGUUUACAUUUUUCAUAUUUAGUGUUAAAUAAUUUUAUGUAGAUUAAAAUAAAAGAACAGUAUUAGGGGGAAAACCAAGUGCCUAAAUGUCUUAAUACUGUCUAGUGUGAGGCAGUUAGAAAUAGAAGUGAACAUUAGUAAUACAACUGUUUUAUUGUCAAAUUUAGUGGGGUUUUAUUUUUUUGGUUGUUGUUUGUUUUCUUGGUUUUUUUUUUAAAUGACAAACUCUAAAAAUGUACCAAUGUGAAAAAUAACUUUCCUGAAUGCAUUAGGUCUCCUGUGCUCACAGCGGUCAGCCCAUAGCCGCCUCCUGCUCAUGGGGCUCUCCUGUGCCCAGCGUCCAGCUUGCACCAUGUGGCGACAGAUCUGGCGUCCUGGUAUUCGUUACUAAAACAGCAUGUGUUUUCAGGUUUCUUUUCUAUUGUACCUAAACCAGUCUAAAUUAAAACUUGGUAGAACACCAGGAGUACGAUUCUGUUUCUCAAAGGUGAGUUGUGUAUUACUGUCAUUGGGCCCUAUUUUUUUUAAAAUGCUUUCCGACUUAAUGGUGGUUAUGAAUUUCAAGGUGACUUCUAAGGCCAUCACCUGAAUCAAGAGUCCUACCUAACUUAAUAAUAUGACAGAGAAAAGUGAGUUUAGCUUUGGGGUAUUUAUUUAUUUUUUAUUAUUUAGAUAUGCAGUUUUGUUUACCACUAGUUCUUAAUGGCAUUUAUAUGGUAGCUCUUUUGUGUUAAUAAAUUUAUGACAACACUGUGAAGUUAAAAAUAAUUUAUCUGUUUGGGGGGGGGUGGAAUAGGGAACUCGACCAAGGAGAGACACAUUGUGGAUGAACCUGCAGAGAGAAAGAAGACCAGCAGAACAGGGGCUUUUUUUUUUUUUUUUUUUUUUUUUUUUUGCAGGGCUGCCUGGUAGUGUCCAGAAAAAUCCCAAUAAUCGUGUAGGCUCCAUAUUAUUUUUUUUUGCCUGAGGCAAAAUGAUGUAUCUUCUGUAUUUAGCUUUAAAAAUUAGUGAACAAAUGGCAUUAUUUAUUAAAACUCUA